GGGGGCCCCAAGCAGGAGCAGGUGUAAUUCCUAGGACUGGCCACAGGGGGGAGAUGACGUACUAGGCAGGGACCUGUGGGGAGGGAGGGAAUAUUCACGGCUGAGCGGGGUGGGGUUCUGCCCCCCUGUCGUAGAGCCGGACUCCUGGGUUCUCUCCCCAGCGCUGGGAGGGGAGUGGGAGAUGGUGGUUCAGAGCAGGGGGGGCUGGGAGCCAGGACUCCUGGGUUCUCUCCCCGGCUCUGGGACGGGGGUGGGAGCCAGGACAUGUGUGGGGAGGAGCCUGGUGGGGGGGGCGGGCCCAUGGGUCCUGGCAGGGAGGCCCCACCCCCCGGUGGGCGUGGUCCCAGCCCUGCUAUAUCUGGCUGCCCAGGUGCGGGCGGGCUCAGACGGGGCCGGGCAUGGCCGAGGGGCAGGGCGCGGCGGCGGGGGGCGACCCCCCGGACAAGGUGAAGCGGCCCAUGAACGCCUUCAUGGUGUGGUCCAGCGGGCAGCGCCGGCGCCUGGCACAGGAGCACCCCAAGAUGCACAACUCGGAGAUCUCCAAGCGCCUGGGGGCCGCCUGGCGCCGCCUGCCCGAGGCCGAGAAACGCCCGUUCGUGGAGGAAGCCAAGCGGCUCCGGGCCCGGCACAUGCGGGACUAUCCUGACUACAAGUACCGACCCCGGCGCAAGGGCCGGGCCCCCGCCAAGGAGCCGCCGCCGGGGGGCCGCCCGCCACCCCAGCUGCCUGCCACCCGGGCCUGGGGCUACGGCGAGCCCCUGGGCUACCAGCCGGCCCGCUACCCACCGUGCCCGGCUGCCGCGGGAUACGGGAACGCAGCCGGAGGGUACAGUGGCCUGUCCUAUGGCCCCCCGAUGCCCUACAAGCAAGACCCUGCCCCCCACCCGCCGGGGGUGCUGCCGCCCGAUUUCCGCGACAUGAUGGCUGCCUACGGGCUGCAGGCCUGCGACGUGGGCGAGGGCUUCCCGCCGCUGCCCUACGAGCCCCCCGGGCCGGCACCGCUGACGCCCCUCUAGCCCGUGGCGGGCUGGGACCGAGGGGGGCGGGGACGCUGGGUUUUUAUACGGAAAGAAGAAAACCCUCGAAGAGGAACAAAGUUUGGGGGAACGCUGGGGGGAGCUUUCUGCGACUCCAGCCCCAGCAGGGGGGGCUGUGGGGGCAGAGUGCAGACUCUUCCCCUCCCCCAGCGCCCCUUCUCCCCCCUCCACUUUAAAAUCACCCCCUUUGUUAACUCUUCGCUGGCAGCCAUCCCCCCCAAAUCCAUUCACCUAGGACUGGAGCUGGAAAGGGGGGAGGGAGUGGUGGGGGGCCUGGAAAAGUCAGGGGGGACUGAAAAAGGGGGUGCAGGUGGAGAUUGUGCCCCCAGAGAAGGUGGGGGGGGGGCGUCUUAAUGCUGUUUGUCAACGUAUCUUGUAAAGAGAAUAAACCUGGUUCCUAGAGAUGGCCCUGACCCCAGAGCGUUACUGGGGGGGAGGGGGUAAAGGAGAGAU